UUUUAUGACUGAAGACGAGCCUGGUGUUGCAGUUCUGCUGAGUAUUUGGGAGUGUGUGUGUUGAAAUUUGAAUGUAGAGUGUGUGUGUGCAAAGCAAAGUCUAAUCACUCUUAAUGCAGCCUGUGAACAACUGAGCAGUUCCCUGUGCAGAAAACUUACAUGAUGUCCAGCCACACACGCCGUCAAUCUUGACACAUGUCACCCGGAGACCAGCUUGGCAUCUCCAUGCUGCUGUUGGGCACAGACAGGUGGUAGAACAUCUGAGGACACCAGAUAGGAAAUUUUGAAAAUUUAUGGUGCCCUAGUACUUCAUUUUAAGAACAAAAACUACAACUUCUGCAGACGAAUUAAGAGCCAAUUCAUUGCUAAUUCACCAAGCUGUAGAGUUCUGUGUUUGUGGAUUUAAAGUACAAAGUGCAGCGGUAUUGUUUGCACUUGUUUGUGCGUGUUGCCAAUCUGGGCCAAGGGUCCAGCAGAGCUUUGGUCAAACACACUCAAGCACACUCACUCAAACUAACAUUUCAUGACACACCUCCCCUGUGCUUUGGAAAGAAAUGGAAGGGUUGCGGAAAGGUCGGGGACAGUAAGAAGGGGACCAUCACUGUCCCAUAGAGGAUGUUAUUCGGGAACAAAAUGUGUUGCUUGGAGACCGGUGAAAAUAUUCAUCUACGUUUUUCUGAAAGGAACUGCGAUAAAGUCGAGAAGCACCAGUGGAGUUUAAGCUGAAAUUUUUGGUACCAUUUUGGGAUUUCUUUCAUCUCAACAAUACCUUUUUCUCAGAGUCUGUUUUGGAACAGCUGCCGUGCUGGCGUACUUUAGGGAAAACGUGGAGUGGAGUAUGACCAGUUGUCAGUACCCCACGCCGCCCCCGGAGCGGGAUCGCAUGUACCAGCACAAAGUGUCGCUGGUCGUGCGGUACUUUAUGAUCCCUUGCAACAUCUGUCUCAUAUUGCUGGCUACUUCCACACUCGGCUUCGCUGUACUCCUCUUCCUCAAUAACUGUAGGUCACAGUUAGUGAAACAUGACGUGCAGUAUAAACCUGUUCACUUUACACCAGCUCCACCUCCUGAUGGUUGCCGAGGGAAAUUGUGUGGAUUUGGGGCAUUAUGUGUGAGAGACCUAACUGACCCCUCUAAAGGAGAGUGUGUGUGUAAGAAGAUUGUAUGUACAACCGUGGUGGCGCCAGUGUGCGGAUCAGAUUCCUCCACCUAUUCCAAUGAGUGUGAGCUGGAGAAGGCCCAAUGCAACACACAGAGACGCAUCAAGGUGAUGCGCAAAGGCCCCUGUGCUCUGAAAGACCCAUGCAGCGAGGUGACCUGCAGCUUUGGUAGCACCUGCAUCCAGUCAUCAGACGGCCUGUCUGCCAAAUGCAUGUGUCCUUUUACUUGUGAGAACGUCCCCAAGCAUGUGGUGUGUGGCAGCGAUGGUCUGGAUUACCAAAGCGAAUGUGAACUCAACAUGAAAGCCUGUGCCACCCAGAAGAACAUCCGUGUGCAUCACCAAGGCCGCUGUGAUCCUUGCAGUGACAAAGAAAACAACUUGAACUUGGCCUGUCGCGUGGAUCCAAAAACUUACAAGGAGAUGACCUUCACCCCACCAGAGUCCUGUCCACCAGACAGAAAACCCAUCUGUGCCAGCGACGGGCGCACCUACAAGAGUGAGUGCCAGAUGCUGCGGACAGCCCUGCAGAACAACCUGGAGCUCAAGAAGGUCUCCACUGGCAGCUGCAAAGAGGAAGGGGGUUGUUCGAGUGGCUGUAAGUUCAACGCACAGUGUUUGCUGGAAAAUGGAUAUUUUCGGUGUUCCUGCGACCCUAUCCAAUGCGAUGGCACGUACAAGCCCCUUUGCGGAAAGGAUGGCAAGACGUACCCCAAUGAAUGUGAGAGGAGACUUCAAGAGUGCCGGACCAAGACCAACAUCCCCAUCAAACAGCAAGGGCCCUGUGAUCUUAAUCUAGAGAGCCCCUGUCUGAAGAAGACCUGUGACUUCGGAGCCGUGUGCGUGGUGAAGAAUGGGGAGCCUGUGUGCGAAUGCUCAGACGCAUGUCCUCAGGAACAGGACCCUGUUUGCGGCAGCGACGGGCACACGUACAGCAGCUCAUGCCAAAUGAAGGCCAUGGGAUGCGCCCUACAGAAACAGAUACAGAUGCAGCACAAAGGACCAUGUGCAGAUGGAUCUUGCUCCAACUGCUCAUUUGGUGCGAUCUGCGACAUUCAGACCGGCCGGUGUGUUUGCCCCAAAGGGUGCAUGGAAACACGACAACCCGUGUGUGGAAGCGAUGGGGUGACAUAUGAUAACGAGUGUAAGAUGAAUGUGAAAGCCUGCACUAAUCAGCUGGAUCUGAGAGUGGUGGCCCAUGGAGAAUGCAAAACCUGUGGCAGCACUGUGUGUAGCUGGGGCGCACGGUGCAUAAAUAACAAGUGUGAGUGUCAGCAGUGCACGGGUCAGCCUGUUAAACCUGUGUGUGGAAGCGACGGCACCACCUACAACAAUGACUGUGAGCUGCGACUGGCCUCCUGCAAGAAACAGAGGAAGAUAGAGGUGGUCAAACCUGGCGUCUGUGAUGAAGAUUGUGGAUCUGGAGGUUCAGGCUCAGGAUCAGAGACCUGUGAACAGGAUCGGUGUCGAAGGUAUGGUGGAUCGUGGGAUGACGACACAGAAGAUGAUCGAUGCGUGUGUGACUUCACCUGUCAGACUGUGCCACGCAGCCUGGUGUGCGGCUCAGAUGGGAACACAUACGACAGCGAAUGUGAGCUCAAGAAGGUCAGGUGCGAGAAGCAAAUGGACCUGCUGCUCCAGAGCCAAGACCCCUGUCCAGCUGCCACAUCAUCUCCUACAGACUUGAUUGCCCUCCAGCACUGCAGUGAAACUGUAUACGGAUGUUGUCAAGACAACAAGACCACUGCCCUGGGUGUUGGACUGGCAGGAUGUCCCAGUGUGUGUCAAUGUAAUCAUUAUGGUUCAUACGGAGGCACCUGUGACCCCUCCACUGGCCAGUGCUCCUGUAAACCAGGUGUCGGGGGACUCAAGUGUGACCGCUGUGAGCCCGGAUUUUGGAACUUCCGAGGCAUUGUGACAGAGAACAUGAGCGGCUGCACACCAUGCAACUGUGAUGGAGUGGGCUCGGUUCGUGAUGACUGUGAGCAGAUGUCAGGGCUGUGCUCUUGUAAGCCUGGAGUUAAGGGCAUGAAAUGCAACGUGUGCCCCGACGGCAGCAAGAUGGGAGCCAACGGCUGUGACAAAGGGCCUGAGGCACCCAAGUCCUGUGAUGAGCUGGUAUGCCACUUUGGGGCAUCAUGUGUGGAGGUGAAUGGACAGGCUCACUGUGAAUGCCCAUCACCAGACUGUGACGAGAAGGAUAAGACCAAGGUUUGUGGUUCUGAUGGGGUGACUUAUGCAGACCGUUGCCAGCUAAGAACCAUUGCAUGCCGACAAGAUAGGGAAAUCACUGUGGAGCAUUUAGGCCAGUGCAAAGAAUCCAUUGAGCCGGCGGCCAAACCCACACCCUUCCCAACCACCCCCCGCACCACCCCUCCCACCGCUCACGUCAAGAUCACCAACCAAGGCUAUGGCCUCACCACCACCUUCACCACCACUGCAAGCAUUCUUGAGGAUGAGGACCGCUUCGUGGUGGAGGCACUGCCUCCUCCAAGGGUGGUAGAGGCAGAAAUGACCACUAGAUCUUUCAACAAGCACCACCUCACCACACCCUCCAAACCACCUCACGCCUCAUCUCCACCCCUGGGCUCCAGCCAUGGCCUUGAGGAGGAUUCUGGCAGUGGAGAGCCCAGUGGAGACUACGACAUGGAGGGUAGCGGAAUGGAGGCGAGCGGAGAAGAGCCAUUUGGUACAACAGUAGCAACUACCACUCUUCCCACAGCAGAGGAGCGGUCUUCCUGUGAUAACACACCUUUUGGCUGCUGUCCCGAUGGGAAGACAGCCGCCAUCGACUCUGAGGGCACUAACUGCCCCUCCACCAUGCGCUUCAGUGGCUUCCUACAUCUAGAUAAGGUGGAAGGUCAGGAGGUCUUCUACACGCCUGAGAUGGAGGACCCCAAGUCGGAGCUGUUCGGUGAGACAGCCCGGAGCAUCGAGAGUGAUCUGAAUGAGCUGUUCCAUAAGUCUGAUGUCCAGAAAGACUUCCAGAGUGUCCGUGUGAAGAAUCUGGCCCCCAGCAACUCCAUAAUAGCCUUUGUAGAGGCCCACUUUAACCCAGACACGAGGUUCAGUGUGGAAGAUAUUGAGGGAGCUCUUCUCAAACAACUCAAGUCAUCUAAAGACACUGGUAUUGUUGUGAAGAAGCCUGAGGAAGAGAAUGUCCGCAUCACCAACUAUGGUCUUUCAUCUGUUCCUUUCUUCACCACCACCACCACAACCACAGUGGCAUCUGUCACAACUCCAACCACCACCACACUUUCUCCUACUGCUGCCUUUACCACGCUCCGCCCCACCACCACCAGGCAGGUUUUCACCAGCCGCAAGACCACCACAGCCACUCCGACCACCACCACUACAACUCAGGCCCCUACCACCACAUUCUCGCUGAGGACAAGGCCAGUGGCCCACGCCACCAGACCAUGCAACUCACAGCCCUGCCGUCACGGCGGAACCUGCGAGGAGGAGGGGAAUGACUUCACCUGCAUCUGUCCCGCUGGGAGAGGAGGAGCCGUGUGCGAGAAAGUUAUAAAGUACUUCAUCCCAGCCUUUGGUGGCAAGUCUUACUUGGCCUUCCAAACCAUGAGAGCCUACCAUACUGUGCGUAUUGCCCUGGAGUUCAGGGCAUCGGAAAUGACAGGGAUAUUGCUCUAUAAUGGCCAAACUGGCAAAAAGGACUUCCUGUCUCUGGCAUUGGUAGGAGGAAAGGUAGAACUUAGAUUUAACACAGGUUCUGGUACAGCUUCAGUGGUCAGUAAAGUACUGGUAUGGCCGGGUCGCUGGCAUCAACUAGUGGUAGUCCGUAACAGGCGAAAUGCCAUGCUGAGCGUGGACAAUGAGCCAAACGUCGAGGGACAGAGUCCCCCAGGUACCGAUGGACUCAACCUGGACACAGACCUUUUCAUCGGAGGAGUGCCUGAAGACAUCAUACAAGAUGUUAAGGAGAAGAUGUUGGUGGAUACAGGCCUGGUGGGCUGCGUCCGCAUGUUGGACGUCAACAAUUACGUCUAUAACCUGCAGGAGAAUGGCGGUGGCGUUCGGUACGGCUCGGGUGUAGGCGAAUGCGGCAACAAUCCCUGCUUACCGAACCCCUGUAAGAACGGAGCCUCCUGCCAGGUCAAAGAAGCUGAGAUGUUCCACUGCAAGUGUGUCAGUGGUUUCUCUGGUCCAACCUGUGCUGAUGCCCACAACCCCUGCGACCCCAAUAAAUGUCACCAGUCAUCACGGUGCCAAGUCCUGCCAGAGGGAGGUUACAAAUGUGAAUGUCCAAUGGGACGUGAAGGGAAGCACUGUGAAAAAGUGUCAGAAAAGGGAGGAGCUUUCAUUCCAUACUUCACUGGGGACUCAUAUCUGGAGCUCAAGGGCCUUCAUCGUUAUGAUCUGGAUCUGAGGCAAAAAUUCAGCAUGACUAUUGUUCUGCUGGCCAAUGACUCUAAAGGCAUGAUCUUCUACAAUGGUCAAAAGACGGAUGGCAAAGGAGAUUUCAUUUCUCUCUCCCUGAAUGAUGGUAUCCUAGAAUUCAGAUAUGAUCUGGGCAAAGGGCCGGCUGUCAUUAGGAGUAAAGAGAAAAUAAAGCUGAAUGAGUGGAACACAGUGAAUCUUGAGCGGGCCAGCCGGAAAGGAGAGAUCAGCAUUAAUGGCAAAGAUCCGGUCAGAGGAGAGGCACCGAAUCAGCACACAGAUCUAAACUUGAAGGAGUCACUCUUUGUGGGUGGAGCCCCUGAUUUUCGCAAAGUAGCCAGAGCCGCCGCCAUCAAAGAUGGCUUCAAAGGGGCUAUUCAGAAGAUUACGUUGAUGGGCAUUUCAAUCCUGAAGGCUGAUAAUGCCCUUAACUCCAGUGAUGUGUCCAUGUACCCCCAUCACCCCUGCUCCAAAGGUGUUUGUGAGAAUGGGGGCCACUGCAGCCCCAUGUUGGACAGCUACGAGUGCAUAUGCCGACCUGGAUUUCCCGGACCACACUGCCAGGAUGCAAUAUUUGAGAAAUCCGCUGGGGACACAGAGGCCAUUGCAUUUGAUGGUCACACUUACAUCGAAUAUCAUAACGGAGUCACGAAGAGUGAGAAGGCCCUACUGGUGAAUAAAUUUGAGCUGAGCAUUAAAACUGAGGCUACCCAUGGUCUGAUUUUGUGGAGUGGGAAAGGAGUGGAGCGCUCCGACUACAUCGCUCUCGCCAUUGUGGAUGGCCGUGUCCAAAUGACCUAUGACCUGGGUUCCAAGCCUGUGGUGCUACGCUCUUCUGUGCGGGUCAACACUAACCACUGGAUACGAAUCAAGGCCAGCAGAGCGCUCAGGGAUGGCUCACUGCAGGUUGGUAAUGAGGCAGCUGUCACUGGGUCAUCACCCUUGGCUGCCACACAGCUGGACACAGAUGGCGCUCUCUGGUUGGGUGGUCUGGAGGAGCUGUCUGUGGCUCGUCGGUUGCCUAAGGCUUACAGCACAGGCUUUGUUGGAUGUGUGAAAGACGUGAUAGUCGACGGGGUGGAACUGCAUCUGGUGGAGGACGCCUUAAACAGUCCCAAAAUAUUACACUGUACUGCCAAAUAGUCUGGCACCACCUUCCUCCCAACACCAUGUCUACUGCUGUAAUUAUUUUUCUGUUUUUUUGUAUACUUUUAUUUGCCUUUUAUAUUGGGAAAAAUUACAUUGUUUUAAUAAUAAUUUUUUUUGUUUGUUUUUUCAUCUCUGUGUCCAACCAUAAUCCCAUCCUCAGUUGCAGGUGAACAUGGUGUAACAAGACAUGCAAAAAGUCUUAUUAUGUCUGUGCUGUUUCUAUGACAAACAAAAGGAAAACAUACUUGCUUAUUGCUUGAACAGUGGCAGAUGAGGUUGGUGCUGUUUGACCUUUCCGUUGAUUGCCUUUUCUUGGUGCCAUAGAUCUCUCACUGUCUGACAGACACCAUACAUUCCUCUGAGCUCUUGCUGUGGUCCAUUAUAUGUCAUAAGGUCUAAAAAAUUACUUCUGCUUUAUCAACAAAUGACAGCAACUGUUUAAUAAGCUGAGCAAGUGUGUGUAUGAUAUUCCUCAUUCAUGAUUCCACUUACGGGGUGAAAGCUCUAGCUGACGUAACAAUUAGCCUUCCUCGAAAUUCAACAUAAUUUUCCAUGCAAAUGAUCAUUAUUGACCUGUGAGAUAUAAUAAUAAAUAGUAAAGAACUACAUGAGACUGUGAAUUUUGAAUAUGCUAUAUUUUGUUGCAGUUGUCCGUCUCAUGUGUUGUGCAUAUCUAAAGAGCAAUUACAUAUAUAAAUAUACUAUAUGACCACUUGUUGCAUGCAUCUUUUUAAGUGUUGAGUUGAUUUUGCCUUGAUUUUCUUUGAUCUUCAUCAUUCCAUUCAGGGCAGAAAUGUAGCUUACGAGGAGGACUGCGUUGCAAUGUAAAGACUUUUGUUUCUCCUGUUUUGACAUUUGAUCAUUCAAGUUGGAAGUAAUAUUGAUUUAUAUAUAUAUAUAUAUAUAUAUAUAUAUAUAUAUAUAUAUAUAUAUAUAUAUAUAUAUAUAUAUUUGCUAUUUGUCAAUCUGGAUUUCUUGUGUGUUUGUGUAUGUGUUAGAAAAUAUGUGCAAGGAAAAAUGGUUGUUACAACAACUCAACAUUGGGAGGCGCUGUAACAAAGGAAUAGAUUAGAGACUCAAUAGGCACAUUGGGUAGACACAAAAGCAUUGAAAUUCCUGGCAUGUUCAGUCAUCAAACAAAAAAUGAUGUAUUCACAGCAUUUUUCCCCCUAUUCUGUAUCAAAUGAAAAUGUUGCUUUAAAAUGCUGCCAGCACUUGCUAUAAAAAAGUGAUUUUGUAUGUAGACCCUUUGCAUAUUAUGACUUUGGCCCCCAUUUCACAACAGUAAUCAGUAAAAAUAAUAAUGCAUGAGUGUGUCAUGUCAAAAUGGUUUUUGUAACCUGUUCCAAAGCAGAUGCAAUGCUAUGGUUUCUACUGCUGUCACAGUGUAAGACAUAGUUAUUAGUUUGAUAUUAGAUGCUUUGCAAUAUUCCGAAACAAAUGUAUGUCUGUUAGGGUAAAGUAUCAGUUUCUUUUUUCUUUUUUUUUUUAUUAAUUUAUUUUCUUUUUUAAUUUUUUACCCUGGGACCUGUAAGAUCAUGUACAGCCCUGUGACGAUCAAAUGUAAAAUUUAGCCAUAUGUUACUGAGGUCUUGUUUUAGUAUUAUACACUGGAACCAAGUCUGACUGUGUCUAUACACAAAGCAUAUCCUGAUGUGGCUCCAAGGAAGGGUGGGGUCAGGGAAUAAUUUAUCAUUAAGCAUUCACAGGAUGUUUAGUGUACUAGACUAAGAGCAGGAGCCCUCCAUUACUGCACGAGUUACAGUAUGGAUCAUCCACCCUUUUAAGUAUCGUGCCCUUGCCUUCACUUUUCCAGUGGAAUACAUUUUUUGUCUCUUUUUUAAUAUUGGAAGUUAUUUUUGACAUCAUCCAGUAGCUUUGCUCCUGCAUACUUUGAGUGCUCUCAAGCGACAAGGCCUAUGGUGCGGAUUGCCAUGGAAAUCUGCUGUGUGAAUGGAAACUGAGAAAUGCCUUAAAAUCAUUCACCGUUCAUGACUAAAGUUAAUGUUCAUUUUGUUCUGUGCUCUCAACUUUAGCCAGUAUAUCAGUGUCAUUCCCAUAAUGUAAAUUAAUUCAAAAAUGUUAAUAAUUAUAUUAAUAAUGCUUAAGAACAUUUCCAGAAUGCCUCAAUAAUAGUGGUUCUGGACUCUACAAGAAUACUAUUUACUGUACAAAUACUAUUUUCAGUAUCUUAUUUAUGUCUUAAAGAGGAUUCCCAGACUGGCAUUUGUAAACUACUGUUUUGAUUGAACUAUACCUGAAGGGCAGUGCACAGAAUGAGAGGCAUGAUGUUACUAUUACUAACUUUAAUACUUGUGUCUUGUGUUCCAACCACCAUAAAAUAAAAUGUUAAACAAACUGACCUGACUUUGAAACCUUUCUGUAACAUUUUACUCCUGAUAACAUCUGUGAAUAAAUCCCUCCAUUUCCCACACUGCCUGAA